AUGUUCGCCGAGAUUGUUAGCGGUUUGGCUCUAGGCUAUUUGCUAUGGAGCAUGAUUGCCAUGGAAAUCAACCAUCGUCGUGCAUCAAAGAUGGGAAUUCCUCUUAUUCGGCUCCCCGUGGACCCAAUGAAUAUGAUUUGGCUGAUUUUGGAGCCAUCUCUCUGGAGACUGUUGGAUCAAUUACCUAUAAUCUUUGGCAAUUUUAGUCAUUAUUCACGCCGAGGCUGGCAUUUUCACGACAAAGCAACAUCGCAUUUGAAAUAUGGUCCAAUCUUUGGAUUGGUCACUCCUUGUGAUAUCUACGUUUAUGUUGCAGAUCCUAAUGCUAUUCAUGAAAUAUUUACCCGACGCGGAGAUUUUCUUCGCCCAUCCAAGAUGUACACUCUUCUCGAGGUCUACGGUCCAUGUAUAUCCACAGCAAACUGGACUAAUUGGCCACGACACAGAAAAGUUCUGGCUACACCCUUCAACGAAAACAUCAUGAAGUUCGUUUGGCAGGAGUCACUCAAGCAGGCAAAAGAAAUGCUGGAGACAUGGAAUCAGCGUUCCGAAUCUCGGGAAAUAUCCACCGCCAAAGAUACGCGCACUCUAUCUCUGAAUGUUCUCGCUGCAACUGGCUUUCGAAAAUCAUAUCAAUUUCGUAGCUCUGCCCAGGCUGCAACAGAUGAAGCUGUUAGCUAUCGUGACGCGCUGCAAACUGUCCUGGAUAAUGUAAUAUUGAUCAUGUUUAUUCCUUUCCGAUAUUUGUGUCUACCCUUUAUGCCGAAAUCUUGGAGGCUCGUGGGUAAGGCUGCUACUGAUUUCAAAGUAUACAUGGAAAAUAUGUUGGAUGAAGAGUCUACCUUACUCAAAGAGGGUAAGGUCGGCAGUGGAACUUUAAUGACUUCUUUUGUAAGAGCUUUGGGAGUACAUCAAAAAGAGGAAAUGGUUCCAUCCCGACAAACGGCACAAUCUGCUUCCAAAGGUCUCACGGUCGAAGAAAUUUUUGGCAAUAUUUUUGUUAUCAAUUUUGCCGGGCACGAUACCACGGCAAAUACACUAGCUUUUAGCAUGAUUCUCCUUGCAGCCUAUCCAGAAGUUCAAGAUUGGGUUGCGGAGGAAUUGCAAGAAGUCAUCAAAGAUACUGCCGACGAAUCAUUGGAAUACGAAAAGGUGUUUGAGAAGCUUAACAGAUGUAGAGCUGUACUACUCGAAACUCUUCGACAAUUUCCGCCCAUCAUGGCACUGCCCAAUAUACUCGGAAUUCAAAUGCAUCCAAAGUACUGGGAAGAUCCCUCGCUUUGUAACCCUUCUCGCUGGAUUGAAUCUACGCCCGACCCAACUUCCCACACUGGCACAUUGAACACAGAGAAAGUUAUUACUCCUGCUACCAGUACGUUUUUCCCUUGGUCUGAUGGACCACAGAAUUGUCCUGGUCAAAAGUUCUCCCAGGUCGAAUUUGUCGCAGUUUUAGCAAUCUUGCUACGACAUCACCGAGUGAGUGUCGUUCAAAACGAUAAUGAAACCCCGGAAAAGGCACAAGAGAGAGCUUUGUUUGUCACUCAAGACUGUGACAUGGAAUUACUUUUGAGAAUGCGUGAUGCUGACCAAGUAAACCUGAUUUGGAAGAAGAUUUAG